AUGUUCUUCAAGUUCAUUUGUGCUGUGCUCACCAGGUCUCUGUUUCUCCUCCUGUCCCUCAUCGGAGUGUGGAGAGUGGUGCGGGUGAAGGACGAUGGACUCUACUGGCUUCUCACCGGCCUCUAUCUGCCUCUGGUGGGGGAGAUGAUCCUCAUGAAGAGGAGGAGAGGGAAAGAUUACAAAUGGUUUUCUCCUGCCAUCUUCCUCUUCCUCAUCAGCAUCAUCCCAUCAUUAUGGAUUUUAGAGCUACACCACCAGGAGAACAAAUCUGCUGACUCAAGGUGUGAAAAACUGGACUCAACUGAAAACAUUAAGAGCAUUUUCAGACUUCAGAAGAACACUACCCGGGGCUCUCUUCCUGUCCAGUGUCUGGGGACAUCUCUGUCCUCAGUGUGUGCCAACGACUGGAUCCUGGCUUUGCACCAAAUCCUGCUCAUCUUACUGAUCUUGGGAAAGUGGCUGCUGCCGGCCGCUGGAGAGCUGACCAGAGACCAGCUCUCCCAGUUACUGCUCAUCUUUGUGGGCACAGCCGCCGACAUACUGGAGUUCACCUCUGAGACACUAUCUGAUGUCAGGGACAGCAGUCCAGCUAUGGUCUACAUUAUUUUGGCUGUGUGGACUUGGAGCAUGCUGCAGUUUCCACUCCAUCUCUCAGUAAUGCAUCCUGCAUCCUCAAGUGACUCCUCCGAGCCUGCGCCCUCUCUCCUCUCUCAUCUCAGGACUGAUAUCUGGAGCACUAUGGAAGCUUUGUUCAUCCAGGAUGGGCCCUUCCUGGUGGUCCGUCUCACUGUCAUGAUCUACUUCAAGGUGGUCCACCAGAUGCUCAUCUUCUUCACUAUUAAAAACUUCCUGGUUGUCAUUCUCAACAUCUACCGGCUUUCUGUCCUCAUCUGGGACAGGACCUCCUGA